AUGAGUGGUCAGGGUUCUGAUGGACUUUCUGAGUUUUUAUGUUUUGCUGGAGACACUGAAGAAUUGUACUUCACCAGAGACAGAACAUUAGCAUUAAUUGCAUUAUAUCAGAAAUAUAAACCCAAAAUAGGUUCAUCCGAAAUCAAAAACAUGAGGAGAAUGUGGGAGGUCAUAGCCAGAGAUCUUUCGAACCAGUUCAAGAUAACUGUUCUACCAACGAAAUGUGAGAAUAGGUGGAAGGUUCUUGAACGUAAUUACAAAAAAUUCAUAGAUAAUAAUAAUAAGACUGGAAGAGGAGCUAAAUUCUUUGAAUUUGAAAAAGAAUUUGAUGACAUUUAUGGCAGAAAGGCAAGCAUAAAACCAUCAUUCCUUCUCACAAGUAACAGUGUAUUGAUUCCUGAUAGAGCCUCAACACCACAAUCAGAACCUGCUGCAGGUACCUCUCAUGAAGCAGAACAAAAUAUAGUUAUGCUCAGCAUUGAAGAUAGUUCAGUAGGUAAAGAAAAUAAAAAUACUGAACAUUCAACAAUGAAAAGAAAGAGGUCUGUUAGAACCACAACUUCCUCCUACAAAAAAAGAAAUGAUAUUCUUUUGGAUAUGAAGAAUGAUCUAAAAAAAUAUUAUGAGGAAAAAUCUAAAAGGGAUGAGGAAAAACUGGAUGUCAGUAGGAAAAAAUAUGAAGAUAGAGUGAGGCGAACAAAUCUCAUAGGACAAUUUUUGAAACAAAAGGAUUAA